UAUGGAAAUCUGUCUCGGGUAGUUCCACACUUCCACUGCAUUUUGGCUCAAAUGGGAGACCAAUCCCAUGGCAAACUUGAUCUGAUAAUACCAGUUUUGCUAUUUUCGCUUCUCUUUCAUUCUUCACUUUCUGAAAUCAUUUUUGAAGAGCGAUUUGAAGAUGGAUGGCAAUCACGUUGGGUGAAAUCUGACUGGAAAAGGGCCGAAGGAAAAGCAGGCUCUUUUAAGCACACAGCUGGAAAGUGGGCAGGAGACCCAGAUGAUAAAGGAAUUCAGACAUCCAGUGAUGCCAAACAUUUUGCCAUAUCAGCAAAGGUACCGGAGUUCACAAACCAAAAUAGAACAUUGGUCGUUCAAUAUUCUAUCAAAUUUGAGCAGGAAAUUGAAUGUGGUGGUGGCUAUAUUAAGCUUUUGUCUGGAUUUGUCAAUCAAAAGAAGUUUGGUGGCGAUACUCCAUACAGUUUAAUGUUCGGACCAGAUUUAUGCGGUACGGAUACAAAGAAGCUCCAUGUCAUACUCUCUUACCAGGGCCAGAAUUACCCUGUUAAGAAGGAUUUGCAGUGUGAAACGGACAAGUUAACCCAUUUCUAUACAUUUAUUCUUAGACCCGAUGCAACUUACAGCAUCCUUGUUGACAACAGAGAGAGAGACUCAGGAAGCAUGUAUUCAGAUUGGGAUAUUCUUCCUCCAAGAAAGAUUAAAGAUGUUAAAGCCAAAAAGCCUGCAGACUGGGAUGAUAGAGAAUACAUUGAUGAUCCUAAUGACUCCAAACCAGAGGGAUAUGAUUCAAUUCCGAGAGAAAUUCCUGAUCCCAAGGCUAAAGAGCCUGAUGAUUGGGAUGAUGAAGAGAAUGGUGUAUGGAAACCACCAAUGAUACCAAAUCCGGCUUACAAAGGACCAUGGAAACGCAGGAGAAUCAAGAACCCCAAUUAUAAAGGGAAGUGGAAGACUCCUUGGAUUGACAACCCAGAAUUUGAAGAUGACCCUGAUCUAUAUGUGCUUAAGCCAAUUAAAUAUGUAGGCAUUGAAGUUUGGCAGGUAAAGGCUGGUUCAGUUUUCGACAACAUUUUGAUAUGUGAUGAUCCAGAGUAUGCAAAGCAAGUUGUUCAGGAAGUAUUUGCCAAUAGAGAGAUUGAAAAGGAAGCCUUCGAAGAAGCAGAAAAAGUGAGAAAAGCACAAGAGGAAGAGGAAGCGCAACGAGCAAGAGAAGAAGGUGAAAGAAGGAGACGUGAGAGGGGUCAUGAUCGACGGUAUCGAGACAGAUACAGAGACAAAUACAGAAGGCAUCACCAUCGUGAUUGGGAUGAUUAUCAUGAUGAGCUUUGAUGCGGAUUCUAUAAAUAUCUCCUUGCUUGGUGGUUUUGUUGACAAAGAGAUUUGCCAACAUCUAAACUUUUUUGUGAUAUAAUAAUUGUAUCAGCAUUGUUUACAAGCCCUGUAACAUUGUUUUGAAAUUUAUGUGAUCUUGUCAAAGUCUAAAUAUUUCUGUCUGUCUGUCUGUAGUCUGCAACAUUUGCUCAAUUACUGAGAAUAUUUUGUGACCAAUAUAACAAGUCCAAAUAAUAUUCAAUAUUAUUAUUACUA